AUGGAAUUGGUCCAUGGGAGAAGCGGUAAAGCAUCCAAAUCUGUACCAAUUGAGGAUGUCAUUGGCAGCAUGCCAGAAAAUGUGAUUACAAAUAUCAUGGAUCGUUUGCCAUUACGAGCUGUAAGGACUAGUAUCUUGAGGUUUAAGUGGACUUUACUCAGUCAACUUGUAUUUGAUUAUGAUUUCUUCAAGUUUUUAAAAGGAUCAGGAGACGACAUAAUGCAUUUUGACGGGAAGAAUAUAAGUAGACUUCUGCUGCUCCCUCCGACGGGGGGAGUACAUCUUAAAGGUGCUAUAACAAACUUUAUCCUCAAUAUACCAGAUUGCAUUGAAUUGGACGAGGAAGAUGUCAAUCACUGGAUUCUAUUUCUAGGUAGAAUAGGUAUCAAGAAGUUCACUCUCCGACAUUAUUACGACGAACUUCAGUUGUCUGCCCAUAUUUUCUCUUGUCUAGCAUUGAAACAUUUGGAGCUUCAUUGUUGUUUUUUCGGACCUUUGCCUUGUUUUCAUGGUUUUCCAAACCUAUUGAGCUUAAACUUGUAUAAGGUUAGUGUUGGAACCACAUGUGAAGUGAAAUUGGUUGAGAUUAUCAAACUUGGAAAUCUCAGAGAGUUAAAUCUGUCAUUGUGUUUGCUUGAAAAUAUGACAUUGACCAGACCUUCUUAUAUCUUCCACCAAAUAUCUCUCCUUCCAAAACUUCAGUACUUUUUUCUGAAUUUUCAGAAUUGCAAGUUCUUGGCAGAAGCUGGCUGCAUACAAGAAUAUUUGCCCUCGCCUCUCAUUUGUUCCUUAGACUGCGACUACAGCACAAUUGGGAAGUUGCAGCUUCAAAGUGUGGAGUUAGAAUCUAUUAAAGGUUUAAAUAAUGAGGUAUGUUUGAUAAAGUCUAUACUUGCAUGUUCUCCCUUGCUUAAGAGGAUCGUUAUUACUCCCAAUAAAUCCUUGAUGAAUGAUGGCAAUGAGAAGUUUAAGUUGGCUAGCAAGCUGUUGAAGUUCCAUCGAGCUUCUGUCAUAGCCAAAAUUGUCUUCGAGUAA